AUGGAGAUAAACCUAAAAAGUAACUAUCUUUGUAUAUUUUCUCCAUUCAGACUCACCCUGUGUUGCUUCGCCGUCAUCUUUGGAAUAACAGAUGCGGGACAAAUCUGCGGGUCAUGUUCUCAACUGGUUAACCCAACUGAUUGUAAUGUCGUGACUGAGUGUGGCGAUCAUGAGGAGUGCCUUAUUCAUCUUUACAUUACACCCUAUGGUCUUAGACGUUACGACAUAGGCUGUGAAUCAUCCUUCCGCUGUGCGGGAAUAGGAAAACGAUCAGAGGAAAUACAGGAGUCAACACUGAGUUUACCAGAUUUAAGGACGAGUUUCGACAAUAGAAUUACUUUAUGUUAUGCCUGUUGUAACAAUACAAAGAUGUGUAACAUUUUGGAUGGUAACUGUGGUGCGCCAAGUACCAAUGGAGCUGGAGCGCUGAUUUGUUAUAACUGUGACCAGAUGGCACACCCUGAUAAAUGCGACAGAAUUAAACUUUGUGGUAUAGACAAUCAAUGCUUUAUUGGAACGACACAGAAUGAGCUAUCUGGUGAACUUCUCUGGGAGAGCAGAUGUGGUGAAAAUUCUACAGAAUGUAAAGCAUUAAUGGCAGCUCCAGCUUUAAUUGGCAAAAAGAGUCUGACCCAAGCAAGAUGUCUUUCAUGUUGUGCCAACAAUCUAUGUAAUGACCAAUGUACGAUGCAUUCAAACAAUCAACAUACACCAUCGCCGACUCAUGCGCAUAUACGAACUACGACAAAGCCUACGACAAAGCCUACCACUAAACCUACGACAAAGCCUACCACUAAACCUACCACUAAACCUACGACAAAGCCUACCACUAAACCUACGACAAAGCCUACCACUAAACCUACCACUAAACCUACGACAAAGCCUACGACACAGCAUCACACGCAUCAUCCGACGAUUCAAACUCUUUCGAAGCCAGUCAUCACGUCUAUAACGAGACCACACAAUGUCAAUAAAGGAACUUACCUGCAUUUGAAGUGCAGAGCAACUGGUAACCCAACUCCAUCCCUCACUUGGAGCUUUCUGUCAAUCAGUAAUACACCACCCAGUAAUGUUCAGGUAUUGAACCAUGGCGCCGAUAUCCAAAUAAGUAACGUGAGGGAUGAAAACUAUGGUGACUACGCUUGUAAAGCCCAAAACUCACAAGGAGAAGACAUACGAUAUAUUCAAGUUUUGGAGCAUGGACCAAAUGGCCCAUAG